AUGUUCUCCCCUCGUCCGGCCGGUUUGCUCCGGAUCCUCCACGUGCUCUGGCCUUCCCUCACUGCUACCGCGUGCAUUGAUCCGCCCUGCGCCUCAUACGGGCGAUCUCUCUCCGAUUCUCCGCGUGGAGUCGGGGGGCAGCAUCCACAACGGUCACAUGCUCUCUGCCGCACUCUCAUGGCUCUGAGUCAUCGUAACGGUUGCUCGCUCUACUGCUCGUUCUCAGGUGCCGCUCUGUUCGUACUUAUUCUGCUCCGUGGCCGCUCUUUGCCGUCGUUCUGA